CUCUUACACUCACACUCACACUCGCACACACUACACCUCCACCACUCACUUCGCAAAACACACUCACAUCGCGCUCUGCUCUUUUCAUAAGCAGUCGCACGAAACGUUGCAUCAAUCCUACCACUCGACCCCGAGAAACCCCCCAGAAAGCAGCGGUUUAUGAGCAUCGAGAAUCUUAAGACCUUCGACCCCUUCGCCGAGGCCGAUGAGGAUACUGGCGAGAAAACCAAGCAAACACAGAACUAUAUCCAUAUACGCAUCCAACAGCGUAAUGGCCGCAAGACCUUAACCACAGUCCAAGGACUGCCGAAGAAGUUCGACCAGAAGAAGAUCCUCAAGGUCAUCAAGAAGCAAUUCGCCUGCAAUGGCACCAUCGUAACCGACACCGAGAUGGGCGAAGUCAUCCAGUUGCAAGGCGACCAGCGCAAGGAUGUGCAGGAGUUCCUGACCAACAAGAAGGAAGGCCUGGGUCUCGAUAACAAGGACAUCAAAGUCCACGGUUUCUAGACAGCUUCGCGCGACGAGCGCGACCGCCCCGCUGCAGUGAGCCACAAGCCAAUCUCAUCUAUCGGCUUGGGUCAACCCCCUCCUGAAGCGGAAAGCGGCUGCUCCGAAGCUGGAAACCGGCAGGCACGCAGCAACAAUGACAAUCACUAGGAUCGAAGGAGACGGGUAUUUUCAGUUAGUUUGACAGAAGAUAGGGUCACUUUCUUUUCCUGGGUUUAAUGCCAAGCUGCAGUGUGUAUUUUUCUAUAGGACGAGCAGUCGGUCAUCAUUUUCUAUCAGAACGAUAAUGGCUUAUUGCAUUCGAAUUUGUGCCACCAUGUGUUUCUCUUUGCUACUCAUGUCUGAAUAACUUCCUUGGCUAUUAGCCUCUAUGAAUUGAAAGAAUGACGAAAGCUAAGCAUCGUGGUGUCAAUAAUUUAUACAAUAUUAGGAGGGCCUACACUCCUAUAGUCCUACAG